AUAAAUACAUAUAAUAUCUUAUCCGCGCGUAGCGCGGUUAAAAAAAUCUAGUUUUAUAUAAUAAUGGAAAACAUGAUGGAUGUAAAAUAAUGUUGGAAGGGUCUUGAUACAUAAAAAUUAGUUUAACGGACAUUCAUAGUUUCAUAAGAAAACUUUAGUUUUCAUGUUAUGUGUUUAUAAAAACACACAGAUUGCAUCAAAAAAAUGUCAAAUACAUGAAAAUGAAAUAAUAGAUUGAAUGUUCUGCUCGUGAGUAAAAAAACAUCGUCAAAUUCAUUUUUAUGUUGUACUUUUUAGUAUAUGGUGAAUAUAUCUAUUUAUGUAAUAAUUUACUUUUUCCAGAAAUUCUGAAUAUUGACUUUAUAAUCUCCAAUAUUUACAAGAGACUUUCAAAGUACAAUCAGAUUGAACUCUCAUAAAUAAAGUAAAAUUGUCGUUUGUAUAGUUGUAUAUAAAACAUUUGCCAUAAUUUUUUAAUCAGAUGAUAAUACAUUAUGAAAGUUUUUGAAAUAUUUUCCAAAAAUUUUAGUUAAAAAAAAAAAUGAUACGUUAUGAAAAACACGUGUAUUCCAUUUGGAUUUUGUAAGCUUGCGUUACGUCGACAAAAUGAAAAACCUGGAGCCUUGAUGCAAAAAGAAAAAUGAAAAUCUGAGCCACGUGGAAAAUAAAAGGCCCAGCAGCAGUAAUGGGGGUGGGUAUUCGGACAGAGGUUCGAAGAGGAAAACCAAAAAAAAAAAAAAAAAAUCCCAAGAAGAAAAAAAAAGGUUCGAAGAAGCUUCGGAACGAAACCAAUUCAAUUCCACCUCAAAAUCUCUCUAUAAAUAUUUGCUUCUGAUUAGAAAUUAAAAACCCUUUCUUCCAAAAUCGCCAAGCUCGAAUUUUCCCUUUCUUCUUAACUCCUCCGCUGAAUCUCACUCUGUUUCCUUCUUCCCCGAUUCUUCAUCUCUGAUUUAGGUUAUGCGAGUGGAAGAAGAAGAUAGCAUGGUGCCUCAAGGAAGUGAAGCAGACGGUGAAAUGGUACUCGAUACGGCGUCGUCUCAACAUCAGGAGGAGAAGCUCGUUAUUGGGUAUGCUUUGACGUCUAAGAAGAAGCAGAGUUUCUUGCAACCCAAGCUCGAAGUUCUUGCUAGGAAGAAAGGCAUAUCCUUUGUUUCAAUUGACCAGGACAAGCCUCUCUCUGAACAAGGCCCCUUUGAUGUCGUUCUGCAUAAGUUACUGGGAAAUGAGUGGCAUGAUGUUAUUCAGGAUUACCAGAAAACGCAUCCAGACGUGACCGUGCUUGAUCCACCAGGUGCAAUCCAGCGUAUAUACAAUCGACAAUCUAUGCUCCAGGGUCUUGCUGAUUUGAAUCUUGCAGAAUGCGAUGGCAUGAUAUGUGUUCCGAAACAAAUGGUUGUGUUACAAGAUACAACAUCUAGUGGUAAUGAAGUUGCAAAAGCCGGUCUCAAGUUUCCAUUAGUUGCAAAGCCACUUUUGGUCGAUGGAACUGCAAAGUCACAUCAGUUGUUCUUAGCCUACGACUGUCUCUCGCUUGCAGAACUUGAACCCCCUUUGGUUCUUCAAGAAUUUGUCAAUCAUGGUGGAGUUCUCUUCAAGGUCUUUGUUGUUGGUGAUGUGAUAAGGGUGGUCCGACGUUUUUCUCUGCCGAAUGUAAGCAAUGUUGAAAAAGAGAAAGUUGCUGGUGUGUUUCAAUUCCCAAGGGUAUCAUCUGCUGCAGCUUCAGUUGACAAAACAGACUUGGACCCUCGUGUUGCAGAGCUACCUCCAAAGCCAUUACUCAAAGGGCUUGUGAGAGAAUUACGAAGCCGAUUGGGACUCAGGUUGUUCAACAUUGACAUGAUCAGAGAACAUGGGAGCCAAGAUGUGUUUUAUGUCAUUGACAUCAACUAUUUUCCUGGGUAUGGAAAGAUGCCAGAUUACGAGCAGGUGUUCAUUGAUUUCUUCCUGGGACUGGCGCAAGCGAAGCAUGAGAAGAAGGGACUUUGUGUGAAAAGUGGAAUAGAAAAGUGAAAAGAGAUUGAAACGCUUGCAUUCUGAAAUAUUUGUGUUGAGAUGAUAGGCUAUGUACAGAAGAUAGCUCUUCUUCCAUGUUGCUAGCAGUAGCAGAUAAACAAGUUUUGAUUAGUGAUCACAUACAUCUGUGUUUCUCUCCUAUUAUCAAUCACAGCAUGUUGCUUUGUUUUGCUA